UGUAAAUAUAUUUUCAUUCCUAUAAAAUGAAGUGAGUUGUAAUUUGGCAGCACAUUUGGAUGGCAUUAGAAUAUAUCUGUUUGGUUUUAUAUUAACCCUAAAUACUUAGUUUACUCUCGGUCUACAAUGACCGUUGUAAUAUCUGAACAUGUCGCACAGCUGAUGCCGGUGCUCUGGAAAAUUCCUGCAACUCCUUGUUUGCAAUUUGCACAAUAGUUCAUAGUUCUUUCAGCUGGCUAUGGACGUAGGACUCUUCCCUCCCCAUUAUUUUGUUACGCUGUACUCUGAUGCCUAUAUGCCGACCUUGGGGCGCGGCAGAUAUCGAGCGAUCCGUUUGAAACGCAAACGCCUUCGUAACUGAAACGCGGACUUGUUUAACCAACGUCACCGUCGACCGCGCGAAACGCAUGUUUAAUGCCGCAUUCAUGUGCCAAUCGGAACUAGGAAACUCUGAAACGUCUGACUUGCAAACGGAUUGUAAAUUUAAACAGGUGACACGUUCAACGAAUCAGCAAAGUAUGACACUCGAACACGUCCCUGUGGGGUCCCUCCUCUCUUUCCUGUGCUAUAGAAGUAGUUCAACACAAAGCCAUUUCAGUACAGUAGCGCUCUGAACUACCGCAGAGCAGGAGUUUAACCCUGGGAGUUUAGCAGACAGAUUAUAGCCUGCAACCAUGACAAUAAUAAGAGAGAGAGACUGGUCUUUGUUGAUGACCUAUUCCAAAACAGGAGGACUAGGAGCUUUACUCACUGCUUUCAUGAAACAGAGAAGAAUGGGGCUGAAUGACUUCAUUCAGAGGCUGGCCACGAGUAACUCAUUCACCUGCAAACAUCCUGAGGUUCAGUCCAUCGUCAACUUGGCUCCCCAACAACAGGAGGCUGAGCUAAUGAAUGCAAACCCCUCUCCUCCUCCCAGUCCCUCCCAGCAGAUGAACCUGGGCCCGUCUUCCAACCCCACAGCCAAGCCCAGUGACUUCCACUUCCUGAAGGUGAUAGGGAAGGGUAGCUUCGGGAAGGUCCUCCUCGCCAGGCACCGAACAGACGACCAGUUCUACGCUGUUAAGGUGCUGCAGAAGAAGGCCAUCCUGAAGAAGAAAGAGGAGAAGCACAUCAUGUCAGAGAGGAACGUCCUGUUGAAGAACAUUAAACACCCCUUCCUAGUGGGACUACACUACUCCUUCCAGACCGCUGAUAAACUCUACUUUGUGCUGGACUACAUUAAUGGAGGAGAGUUGUUCUACCAUCUCCAGAGGGAGAGGCGUUUCUUAGAGCCCCGGGCCAGGUUCUAUACAGCGGAGAUCGCCAGUGCUCUGGGCUACCUCCACUCUCUAAACAUCGUGUACAGAGACCUGAAGCCUGAGAAUAUUCUACUGGACUCUCAAGGACACAUCAUACUCACGGACUUCGGGCUCUGCAAAGAGAACAUAGAACAGAACGGAACCACGUCGACGUUCUGUGGAACACCAGAGUACCUAGCUCCAGAGGUGUUACACAAGCAGCCGUAUGACAGGACGGUCGACUGGUGGUGUUUAGGAGCCGUGCUUUAUGAGAUGCUGUAUGGCCUGCCUCCGUUCUACAGUCGUAACACAGCAGAGAUGUACGACAACAUCCUGAACAAGCCCCUGCAGCUCAAACCCAACAUCUCUAACUCUGCCAAGCACAUACUGGAGGGACUGCUGCAGAAAGACCGCACACAACGACUGGGACACAGCCACGACUUCGAGGAGAUCAAGAACCACAUGUUCUUCUCCCCCAUCAACUGGGAUGACCUGACCGCUAAGAAGCUCACCCCCCCUUUCAAUCCAAACGUGACUGGCCCUAACGACCUUCGCCACUUUGACACGGAGUUCACAGACGAACCCGUCCCCUCAUCCAUUGGCUGUUCCCCUGACUCCUCCCUCAUCACUGCCAGCAUCAAGGAGGCAGCCGAGGCCUUCCUAGGGUUCAGCUACGCUCCUUCAAUGGACUCAUACCUGUAGGCCAGAACCCUAGAGGGCAUCCUAUAGAGACUCAUGAUAGACCAGAACCCUAGAGGGCAUCCUAUAGACUCAUGAUAGACCAGAACCCUAGAGGGCAUCCUAUAGAGACUCAUGAUAGACCAGGGCCCUAGAGGGCAUCCUAUAGACUCAUGAUAGACCAGAACCCUAGAGGGCAUCCUAUAGACUCAUGAUAGACCAGAACCCUAGAGGGCAUCCUAUAGACUCAUGAUAGACCAGAACCCUAGAGGGCAUCCUAUAGACUCAUGAUAGACCAGAACCCUAGAGGGCAUCCUAUAGAGACUCAUGAUAGACCAGAACCCUAGAGGGCAUCCUAUAGACUCAUGAUAGACCAGAACCCUAGAGGGCAUCCUAUAGAGACUCAUGAUAGACCAGGGCCCUAGAGGGCAUCCUAUAGACUCAUGAUAGACCAGAACGAUAGACUCCUAUAGACUCAUGAUAGACCAGAACCAUAGACUCCUAUAGACUCAUGAUAGACCAGAACCAUAGACUCCUAUAGACUCAUGAUAGACCAGAACCAUAGACUCCUAUAGACUCCCAUUGACUGCUAUAGACUCCUGGCUAUAAACCUCCAUGAAUUAUUACCUAUGGGACACAUCAUAGACAUUCCUAAGAAUUGACUAACUAGGACGGACUCCCCAUGUCAGGGAGGUACACACCUGUAGUCCCCCCCGUCCCUCCGUCAGACUCACUACACACAACCUCUUCCCUCUCCAUGAUGGACUUGUAUCCCCCUCAGACCCCACCCAAAUCCUAACCCAGAGUGGAGGUUAUUUUACACAUGUCUCGCUGAAACGUCUCGUUCUGUUGUCUCUUCACGUCGACUGAAACGGGACUUAGAGGAUGAUUCAUUUAUUCAUUUAAUGAUGAUUGGUUGAUUGAUUGAUUGUGGUGAGGAAGAAAGCGAAGCUGCUAGUAUCUACGGUUCUGUAUCUAAGUUCUGUUUUAAAGAACCUGGACCGAUACAAAGAGGACAUGGAUCGCAUCCCAAAUGGCACCCUAUUUGCCAUAUAUAGUGCACUACUUUUGCCCAGGGCUCUGUCACUUUGGGAUACAGAUGUGAUGGACAGAAUGCUUUGUGGUGUUGAGAUCCGUCCGGUCCCCUAGACCCUACCCCCUACACCCUACUCCCUACUCUCUACCCCCUACUCUCUACUCUCUACCCCCUACCCCCUACUCUCUACCCCCUACUCCCUACUCCCUACCCCCUACCCCCUACCCCCUACUCUCUACUCUCUACCCCCUACCCCCUACCCCCUACUCCCUACUCCCUACUCCCUACCCCCUACUCCCUACUCCCUACCCCCUACCCCCUACUCUCUACUCCCUACCCCCUACCCCCUACCCCCUACUCCCUACCCCCUACUCCCUACCCCCUACUCCCUACCCUCUACUCCCUACCCCCUACUCCCUACUCUCUACCCCCUACCCCCUACCCCCUACCCCCUACUCCCUACUCCUUACUCCUUACUCCCUACUCCCUACUCCCUACUCCCAACUCCCUACUCCCUACCCCCUACCCCCUACUCCCUACUCCCUACUCCCUACCCCCUACCCCCUACUCCCUACCCCCUACUCCCUACUCCCUACUCCCUACUCCCUACCCCCUACUCCCUACUCCCUACCCCCUACCCCCUACUCCCUACUCCCUACUCCCUACCCCCUACUCCCUACUCCCUACUCCCUACCCCCUACUCCCUACCCCCUACUCCUUACUCCCUACUUCCUACUCCCUACCCCCUACUCCCUACUCCCUACCCCCUACUCCCUACCCCCUACCCCCUACUCCCUACUCCCUACUCCCUACUCCCUACCCCCUACUCCCUACUCCCUACUCCCUACUUCCUACUCCCUAGUCUUCCCGUCUCCUCUUGAUGAUGUAACAAUGCUCCAACGUUGUCUGAACUCAACAUUCCAUUUUAAUAUUGCUGUAUGUGACGGUUAAACGCUAUAUUUAAGUUUGUUUGUACUUGUGGAGUCUAUUUGUGUACUAGUUUUAAUAUAUAUGUAACAGGACACUAAAAGUAUGUUUAAAUAAUGUAUUUGAACUAUUCAUGUUAAAUGUACUGUAUAUUGUUCUUUGAUGUCACCAUGUUCAGUCUGCAAUAAAAGGUCUGCUGUUGUUA